CCAAAACAUUGCAAGAGUCGUGACAAGUAGGGCGAGUGGCGUUUCAGAGGCAUAAUGUGACUGUUUAUUUGCCUAGGUGUAGCGGUGAUCACCUUCUCAGGAUGAAAGACACUGCUGGAGGGUGUGGACCCCUGUUGAGGUUCCUUUUCCAGUAUGAAGACCGAAUACAAAAGGAGAUUUUUAGUAUAUUCAACCAGGAGGAAACGGACACCACCAAGAGCCAUGUAUCUCUGUCAGACGAAACAAGAACAGCCCUCAGGGACAAACUUUUGUCACAUCCACACGAGACCUCUUGCAUCCUGCAUGAGCUUGUUGUCAGAAACAGAAUCCUCAGAGAAAGGGGAGGGGAUCACGAUAAUGUGUCUGAGGCGGAGAACAAGGACGCAGACGGCGAGGAGAAAGGUUCACGGGAGUUGAGCAAGAAGAAAAGUCACUGCACAUUCGGAGACAUCCUCAAAGAAUGCCUCGAUCACUGUGUCCGGAGAGUGGAGAGCUUAGACGACAAGCUAAAAGCAAUGGAGGAAGACUAUGUCAGUGCCAUGAGUCGUCCAAAGAAGAAUUUCUCCCCCAAGAAGCUAUCCUUUGGAAUGCCCAAAAAUGGGGCAUCUGAGUCUGUGGAAGUUGCAAAAUUAUUGGAAAGGUCACAGGCCACUGAAACAGAGAAACAGAGAAACGAAGCCCUGCUGUACAAAAUUCUUUCACUAUCCAGUGAUGCUCCACUUUCUUAUCUUUGUGAGUUAUUUCCCAGGAUGCUUCGACUCUGUUACGAGAAAAACCUGCUGGCAUCCAACAAGCUUCACUUUUCAAACCUCUCCAGUUCAGAGACGUGCUUACGACUCUUUUGUGAGAUGGAAGGAGAAUAUCUCAGCAGUAGCUCUCGCAUCAACAAGGCUAGCCUAGUUGAAAGGUUACCAUCCUUUACCCCCACAGACGUAAGAGAAAUGUUUCUUAGUUGUGCUGCUAAUUCAAAGCACGUUUUGCAGUUGAUUUUCGAAGGCCUUGUUGUUGAUGGUGUGAAGAGCAUGAAGGAAAUGGAAGGUUGUGAUACAGAAAAUUGGAUCUUAACUCUGUGGCCAAUUAUCUUUUUACAUGCUUGGUCAACUUCAGUAGACAAGAUGGAGAGUCUCAUCUGGAUUUCUGCCGUUUGGGAGAAUCAUCCUAGGAACAUUGAUCCCCUUCUCUUUGAUAUCUGCAGCGAUCUGAAUAGGGACAUGGAUCUCGUUCGGUGGUGCUUAACGCGUAGUACGAGCGUUAAAAUUUUGCCACUUUUGCAGCUGAUAAGGAAUCAUUCACCUCUGUUUACACUCCACAAAUCUCUUCCCUUGCACACAUUGUGGCCUGAGGAGGUGCUGCAUCUUCUUGAUGAACACAGCAAAGCCAGAGAUCCAAGUGGGACACUUAGCUCUUCAUGCCAAAGCACAUAUAAAGCCUUCUGCAUUUUACUGUCAGUAUUUCAAGUAAUUGGUUCUGGCAUGCAGCUUGACAAUGCUGUCGCUGGACGGCAAGCACGGGGGAAACUGCAUGGUGACAAGGGACAGAUCUUUGGUAGGAGCACGGAUAUGAACAGUGAGGGAAUCUCAAACUAUCGGGACAGGCAGGCGCCUCUCCAAUUUUACCAGCAGAAUAUUUUGGAAAAGCUGCAGGAAGUAAGGAGAAUGAUUGAUGAGUUAAAGCCUUUGGAAUGCAGAGUGGAAGUGAUGGAAAAUAUUUUUUCUCUCUUGUUUGUCCGUCAUAGUGACAUGAGUGACGAGGGACAGAGUGAGUCUGGUGGGGAAGAAGGGGAGCUUGAGCGGUCCUUCUUGUCACAACAGACAGAUGUAGAGAGUUUAGCAAGUACUUCACAUGCUUUUAUUGAUCUACACCUGAACCCUGCUGCAUCGGCUGGGGAUAAGGAGAAAGAACAAAGUACAAAAAAGGUGAAGAAGGUUUUAGAUUUUGCAGAUCAAGUAGUCCUUGAGGAAAGUUCUUCAGAGACGGUGAAUCUCUCUGUCAGAGAGCUGUCUCCUUUUGGCAGUGCUUCAGAAGAGGAGAAGACCAGUGGUUCGUCAACAGAAGCAAACAGUAAGGACCUCAAAGCCACAGAAAGCUCUGAAGCAUCAAAGAUCCAUGGGUCUUCCUGGCCGCCUGCAGGCUCCGAAAGACUGACAUGGGACACGCACCAGCAGUCUCCCCAGAGUGGCCCAACUUGCCAUCAUCAAAGCAGUUGCACGGUGAGUGGAAAGAGCACUGGGUCAAGCAUGGGAGAACUGCCCCACACAGGGUACUUGAUCAACUCCCUAGUGGCCUGGGAUAUAUUAUUGCUUUUACGUGAUUCCAUCCUCACAGCGUCUGCCCAGACUUACACUGAAAUAGGUCAACAAGCUGAGACAAAAGAAAGUUGCUCAAGAAAGAAAGUACAAGUUCGUUUAUCAUCCCUCUCCCGCUUAAUCAGUGAAGGACUGUGGAGAAUGCAGGUAAUAGCUCCUUACAGUCGUAAAUUUGGUUCAGUAGAAAAUUUUGAUGACUUUCUCGAUGGGACACUCAUUUCAGGAAAUACAGGUUACACAGUGUAUGAAAAUUCUAUGCAGACCAGUGCUAAGUCAAAAGUACCCAACCCAGGACAAACAUCCAAUUCACAAGGAAUGAAAAAGCGUCAUGGAAAAGAGCAUGAGUUGACAGAAUUAACUACAGGUUUGCAAGACCAUACCAGUGUCAUAACUUAUCUUUUGGCUCCACCGUCAAGUCUGAUCACCCUAGCCCUUGCCAAUGGUAAUGUAACGAGAGCAGAGCAAGUCGUCAAAAUGUAUAAAGUUGUGGAUUCAACUGAAAAACGAGAAGUGUGCCUAACAAACAGACUAAGUCAGCUGCGUCCUAAAUUAUCCCUGACAAGCCAGAAGUCAGGCAAACUGAAGGAAUCCAAAGGUGUGCAACACAAAGGCUACUCAAAAGACCUGAUACAGAACAUUGGUUUACUAGCUAGAGAAGGUUCUGCACAGGUGAGUACUACGAACUUGAUUCACGACCUUGUGACAUCAACUCCACCUCCAAUACCUCAGUGUUUGUCAACAAAAGUGAUAGAGGGUAGUUGCCAGAUUGCAUCAUCCUUCCUGAGUCCCCAGGCACUUGUCUUGGCAGACCUAGCUCUCACAGUGGACUUGACAGAAACCACCGCUUCCUAUUUGAUGGAACAGGCUCUGCAGAGGUCGGUCUCUCAGCCCUCAGUCCCCUCUAGUCUACCCAAGACCAUUGGAAGUAUCCAAGGUUACAUCCCUGUACUGCAGAAGUUAGCAUCAAUGUGUAGCACACUAAUUGCAGUUAGAACUUUAGAAUGUGAAAGUGACUCAGAUGGUGCAAAUAAGAAUCCUUCAGCAGACACCUCUGCCUAUGCCUGUCCAUUCUCAGCUACCCCAAUGUCACUUAUGCUGUCUCCUCUGCCGCUUGGUGAGAGUGAACUGAAGAAUUAUGUGAAAGCCUGGUCCAAAUUCUUAGAAUGUUUUGCAGCAACUCAAGAUACAUUACUUUGGUUUGAUGAUAGCGACAAUGUGGAUAGUUCUAUUAACAUCCAUAUUCAUUCAGGGAAAAACAGAGCACACAUGUCUUACAAAUUACUACUUCAGAUUCUGAGUGAAAAAGCCAAUCACUUGUAUAGGAGCAGCAUCAAAGAAUGUCAGGAAACAAAAAUGGGAGCCUUUGUUAGAACAUUUUAUCAAUAUCUUCAGCUUAUGUCGGCCAUGGUUACUCUCCAUGCAGAUGAGAAGUACCAUAACAGCAUGAAGAGCUAUUUCUCCUUACUUAAGCAGAGACCUGUACACAUUUUGGGUUCAUUAAUGUUCCAGGAAGGCGUCGACCCAGUCAAGUUAGAGCCAAUAGCUGCUAGAAUGAGACUGAAUCUGACUGCAAUGAUUCUCCAGUAUUGCUGUCCCAAGAUCACAGUAUCAUAUGAAUUUUUGUACAGAAGAGGACAUGAUACAGAAGUCCGGGAUGUAGCCUCAAGACUUGGCUUUCAGGCCUCUCAAGGACAGGUUAUAAUGAAUUCAAGAACAAUAGAGGGUACCUCAGCUGUUUACGGAGAAGUGAUCGUGCGAGAUAUUUUAACGUCUCUGCUCAGUGGUUUAAAGGAGGCAAUACAACCUCAAGCAUUCACAUUCACUCAUUGCCACAAAGCAGUUAUUCUGAAUGAUGCAACUGCCCCACAUGCAUUAUUGUCAAUUGAUAUUCAAGAAGCAUUAAACGAUACCUCAGAGUUAGCUGCUAUGGACUUCACAAAAAUACCCCCAAAUGAAGAGGCAGUUGUAUUUUUUAUAAAUUUAGCAAAUCUGAUGUACAUUCAUGCAGGCUUACUAAACCACAUACUGUAUCCCAAGAGUAAAUCGGGUGAAUCGAGAGGUAUUUUCUCCAGCUAUCUGAUAGAACGCCUGAUGGCUAUGAAACAUCUCGGUUACAACCUUGGCCAGCUAGGAUUCCUCUCCUUGCACGAUGUUCUGUUUGGUGUGCUACAGCUGCAGAAUCCAUUAUCAAGUUUAUUGAUCCAAAAUGAGGAGAAUGUCAGAGUCAGCCUUUGUGAGAGCACUGUGAUAAAAAGUAGUUUGCAACAUGAUAAUGCAGAGAAGUUGAAACAUAUCUCUGGGCUCAUUACUGCUUUCCCUUCCAAGCUAAGCUUUUGCAUAACACAAGGAAAUCCAGUCUCCCCAUUAGUGCAAGUUAUUUAUGCAGAUCGUCUUGAAGAGCACAUUGAAGCAGCAGUGUCUGAACAUUUAAAUAUGUUUUCUCUUGUGAAAGAAAGUUGCUCAGGAAAUGCAGAUGGAGAGAUAGACCAUCCUCAUGGAACCCAAAAGGUGAACAUGUGUGUGUCCAGAACAAUACUGAACUAUGUAGCAAGGCACUGUAACGGGACUUUUGAUGGAAUGAGUUCUCUGAUGCAAGAGGUGAAUGAGGAGGUGGCCAGUUUCUUUAACAAACCUGAUGCGGGAAUCUCCAGCAAAAAGCAGAUAGAGAUAAGUGUUUUGGAUAAUAAUGAGGAUCAGGGUAUUGCUGUAGAAUAUGUAGAACACCUAGUUAAUCAAGAAUUUGCCAUGACACACAACAUUUCCGAAACCAUUGUAUCACCUGCAGUAUCUGAUGGACUGGACUGGACUUCAGUCAAGGUUCCACCUACGGUUUUAAGUCACCUAAGGAGACAGUGCCCCCUUCUUGCCUUCAUAGUGCAGGCAUUACACAGUGCCUUGGAAAUGAAACGACAGAAAGGCCAUUCAUGGGCAGAUGAUGAAACUGAUGCUUGGCACAAGAUUCUGUACCCUCCCGAGAGAGGGGUAAAACCUCAGCAUGACGAAACACACCACUUCAAGGCAUGUAAAAAUGUCUUCACCAACAGCAGGUAUAAGGCCCUGGGAAGGAUUAGCCAGGACAGCAAUGUCUUAUCAGCAUUACUGAUAGAUCCUGAUAUCUCAUCCAUAUGGUCAUUAGCUGACCAGCUAUUAGGAAGCCAAACAAUCACCAAGGAUUGCACAAUGGAACGGCAGUCUAAUGUCAACAGCUUGAUGACAGUUCUGCAAGCUUUACCUACGGCCACAAUGGAGGCUCAUCCCAAUCUUCAGUCACUUUUGGAUCAACUUCUGGUCUUCAUGGUGCAAACUUCUGAUGUUUCAGGUAAAUUGGUUGUGACUUUAGUUACAGAUGAGUUUAUUUUGACUCAGUUUCUCCAGUUAUCUGAUCUCAAACCAUGGAUGUAUGCUUAUCACAUAUUGGAUUGCAACGUGAGAUACACCACAAUCCAGGAAGCACACAAAGUGACACACCUGUUAAGACCCAUAGAUAGAUACUCUUAUGAAUUAGUAUUUAUACUUACUAAGGUUUUGCAUUACAGAUCAUGGCCAGCCUCCGCAGCAGUCGAUCACUUGAAUAUCAUGGUUUAUGAUUCAAGACUCCCAAGGCAUAAGCAAGAAUGGGCCCAGAACAAGGCAGUGCAAAUUAGGGUCUAUGAAGAGAUCCUUAGAGUCGGGAAUCCAGAAGUCAGUUCCUGGCAGGAGAUAGAAAAGAUGUCUGAAGAGGAACCUGCAGUUCUGCUUCAGAUGUUGCUCCAGAAGAAGCAGUUCAAGUUAGGUGUCCAGUGGGCUGAGCACCACAAUGUCAGUCCUGAACUGCGCCGACUGGUUGACCAGAGUUACCUGAUGUCUGUCUUGGACAAGACGAACCCAGAAUAUGGCACAGCUCUGGAGGCUCUUCAUGCUCUGAGCUCCAAUGAUUUGGUCAUUGUUAUACAAGCUCUUCUGGAUAGGCUAUCAAGUCCACCCACCAGGAGGUUCUUGAUUGAGUUCUUGCUGAAGACACAAUUCACAUCUGAAGCUGUUUCCUUGUACAAGGACAACAAUGAGCUCUCUGGGAAGGAGAAUGAAGAGGGUAUCACUCCCAGUACAGUUCCACCAUCCAUUGCCCUUCCAAAUCUCAGUGAUCUGCAACAGGAGGUCAUGGGAUUAAUUUUAGUGGAGGAUAUUGCUCCCCAUGCAGAUGACAGGUUCCAGUUGAGCCACUUGGCAUCCACCCCACAUCUUAUCAUUGAACAAUGGCUAAUGAACAUCAAACUAGAAGCUGUGGAGAAAGCUAUAAAGACCCUUAGCCAACAUUUGGAUAUGGUAGACUCUAGAAUGUCUUCCAGCAUUCACUCACAGGAUUUUGGUAUCUCAAGUCUGUGCAAGGAGGCUGGAGUUCAAAAGAGAGAGCCACAGUCAUUAAGCUGGGAUGUUCUGAACUGGCUGCUUGAGGCUUAUGCAGCUAAGGCUUUGGAUACAACGGGUGUGCAAGUCACGCUAAAACCACAGACUCUAAACGAGAAUGUCCCAAAGAAGUUUGUUAUGCCAGCCAGGCCUCCAGAAAGACAUGAGUGGAUUCCAGAUGCUGAAGUGAGAGAAUGCCCCAUCUGCAGAGUUGCUGUCUUCUCUAUGUUUUGUAGGAGACAUCACUGCCGAAGAUGUGGUCGUGUUGUCUGUGGCUCCUGCUCUAAAGCCAGGAUUGUUGUUCAGGGCUAUGGAGACUUGCAAGUAAGAGUUUGUAUAGAGUGUUACCAGCAGACAAAAAAUCUGAAUCUGGAGGAUUAUAUUCAGGUAAGGCCGCUUGGAGAUGGGACCUAUGACACUGUGUCUCAGAGUUCAGAGGGCUUGGUGAGUGCCAGAGGGGGGGGAGGAUCUUCCUGCACCAGUGACACAGAGGGGGGCUGGUACCUCUCCACUGACCCAGAUCACAAUGCUCUUGUCCGCCAGGAAUUCUGCUAUGACUAUGCACCUUCACUCAGCCUGUGUCUUGCUAUCCUGGCACAGCACCAAGACCACAAAAGAGCAGCUGUUUGUAUUGUGAAGCUGUGUCAUCACUUGUUUUCCCUUAUUGUUUCUUCCAUCAAGUCUGCUAGUCCUGAGGUAGACAACACUUUUGUGCUUUCAAUGAUUCAGACGUUGCUAGCCUCAUCAAAGGUGCGAUUUGGGAACAUAGGUGAGCAUCAGGGAAUAGCUCUCUGUGAAUACUACACCCAGUGGGUGGAUUUGAUCGCUCUCCUAUCAAAAGCCAACUGCGGCUACAUAAUUCCUAUUCCAUCUUUGCAGAACAUGCUCCAGAUUGGAGAGCUGCACAGAAAGAAUUUAAUGGGAGAGGAUAAAUUAAAGGAAAAAUUGGAGAGGUGCUUGCAGCAGGAAUUUGUUCACAUGAGACACCUGCGUGACAUGCUGGUGAAGAAACAGCUGUGGGAAUUGGCUCUGAAUAUUUCCACUAAGGCUGGUUUGGAGGCAACAGGCGUCUGGGGUGCAUGGGCUAUGGCAUCACUGAAAGCUGGAGAUUUCCCAGGAGCAAGAGAACGCUUUUCCCGGGUUCUGGAAAGGCCGUUUGAUAAGAGAAGGCCCUGUAGGUCCUCUUUAUUGCCAGAAGUAAUAAAGUACCUGGAGAGCAACCCAUUCUCUGUGGACCAGAAGGUGAUGGAGCAGGCAGAAAGAGCGCGAGCUACCAUCAUGAUGAACGACCAGUCGAGAUUGCCUCCAUCACAAGCUCUUGUUGUUCUCCACUCUUUACAAGAGCUUAAUGGUAUUUCUAAUGGGCUGCUUACCAACAGAGAGAGCAAUAAGCAGAUAUUCUCUAGUCAUAGAACUAAAAAGAAGAAUAAUUCCAAAAUGGAUUCCUUGUUCCAAACUGAAUGCAAGUAUUACUUGUGUUUGUAUGGAAAUCAUCGUAUGACCAUUCAGUAUUUCAUGAGGAAUAAGCAGUUGCAGGAAUGUGUGAAUUAUCUUCUGAGUGAAGAAAUUGAGGUUGAUCUCUUUGUGCAUGAAGUGUUGGUACCUAUUUUAAGAUGUGGACAGUUAGACAUGCUGUUGAGAAACUUCAGAGCUAUAGACCCCAAACAGGAAAAAUGGGCGAAGUAUAUGCUUGGAGGCUGUCGGUGGCUGGAGCGCCAAGGAUGGUGGAACUCCCUCUUAGCUGUACAGGAGGCACUAGGGGAUAGACUGAGAGCUGCAAUGACUCUUCUUCGAAUGUACAGCCAUACAGUAGACAGUUACAAUGGAUUAGCUAACAGAGUUCACCAUCUGCUUGCAGCAAAGUCACAUCUCCAGGCUUAUCUUGAUACACAGGCUUUACACCAGUCCAGUGCCAAAAAAAAGAAAAUCAUACUGAAACAUGUCAGGAUGGCAAGUAAACAGCACAUCAAUACGCUAACACUGCAGGCAGAUGUUACAAAGUUUCUAGCUAACUGUGAGGCAAAGGGAAAUAUGCUUUGUUCCUUGUUGCACAAUCUCCACAAAAUGAAAGUCCUUGGAAACAUAAGUUUGCCCACUUUGCUUGGGGAUGAAGAAGAGCGUUUAGCUGUAGCCUCUCUUGCUAUAUGCAGUGCUCAGAGUGUCGCAGAUGGACUGAGCUUGGCAUAUCGUGUGGUGGAGGGCAGUGGCAUAUCUACAGAGAAAUUGCUGUCAGUCGUUAGUCAGCUGCUAGUAGCACACGAGCAGUACAGCACAGUGGGACAGGUUGUCCGUGGCAUGCAAGAGUGGGGGGUGUUGAAAGCAAAAACUAUAGAUAUUGCUCUACAGCCAGCACUGUUGGCCACAGCAAGCAGCACCCAGAACACUCAUCUAGAUUCCCUUGUCAAACUUCUUUCAAGUGACAGUGCAAAGAUUGAAGCAUACAUCAAGUGCGGUCGUCUAAAGUCCGCAUACCUGGUAGCAGUGCAUCGUGGCAGACAUGAGGACGUUGUAAAGGUGCAGGAAGUGGCGAAGUCAAACGGUCAAGCACAUGUAGCCACUAUGUGUAGUAAGUGGUUAGCGAACUAUGAGAAUCGCGUCAGUGCUCGAAUGUAACAAUUUUUUCUUUCUUCCUUUAUGAGUACCGAUUAUGUAUUUUGAUAUUUACUUGUUUUUCACUAGGUUUGAUUACAUUCAUAGGUUAGAAGGAUACUUUUAAGAAUUGUAAGCACCUAAGUCAUAUGUAUUUCAAAUUUAUUUUCAUGGUAUAUGUUAAAUAAUAUUUGUUUUAUCUUUAAAUGUGAUAAGAGUACUUGUCAGUAAGGAUAAUUUGUCAUGCCUUUUUCUUUUGCAAAUUGUUGCCAAAUUUAUGUUCUUGAAACAGAUGAAAUUGUCCCACUUGAAUGGAAUAUGUUUUAUGCAUAUUAUUUAAUGUAUUAUCUAUCUGUAGCCAAGGAUUUUCAUCUGUACCCGAUAGAUAGUUUUAAGUAUUAUGAUUGAUCUACAAGAUCUUGAACCAAAAAAAUAAAUGCUCAGCUUAUAUUAAGCUUAUUAUAAUCUUGUUGCAAAAGUCGUAAUUGUUGAUGAAUAUGCUACCAUUCCACUUUUCAAAAGUAAUAGCAAGAUCUUAUUACAGUGAUAAUACUUUCAUUUUGCACCUAAAUAAGCUAGGAGUUUUUAUUUACAAUGUGGAUAUUGAGGUAUAGUGUAUUUUCAUCAUUUUUUUUUUUUUUCUUAUACAUAGAAGUAAGGUGACUUUUCGAAUAUUUAUUAUCCUAUUUUUAUUAAUUUACACCUUUUUGUAUUGAUUUUAUUUUUUUAGGAAGGAGCAGGGUAAAUGAUAGGUAAUUUCAGUUUUUUUUUUUUUUUUUUUUUUCCAUCUUCUAUCUAAGCAUAGUAAAACUUAGCUGUAAGUAAUGAUCCUGUAAUGAAAAAGAAACAAUACAUGCCUUUUUUUUCAAUAUUUUUUUGUUUUUGUUUUUGUUUUUGUUCCUGGUGCUGUAUUAUGUGCUUUAGUUAACUCUAUGACAUUUGGGUCUAAGACUGUCUUGAGUAUUGUUAACUUGGCUUUUGUCCAAGGUGCUCGGAGGCGGAGGGACGAAGACAUUAAAAUGAUGCUGAUGAUCAUGAUUCUUUUUCUUUUAAUUUCUUUUCUUUCCUUCUUUCUUCAACGAUCUUCUUAUUCAUUUUCUUUUUAUUAUUAUUAUUCUUCAUCUUUGUCGUCUCCUUCUGCUUCUUCCUCUUUGUCAUCUCCUUCUCCUUCUUUUUCUUUUUCUUCUCCAAAAUGACACAGUUUUUCUAGCAUGUGAAGUCUACUGGGCAAUAGAAGUGUAUUGAUUGUAAACACAUAAAUAAUUUUACAGAAUUUAUAUGUGGGAAUCAUAGUUGAACUUUUAAUGCAAUAUACUCAAAAUAUCAUUAUGGUGUCUUUGCCCCUUUGCCUCUGAGUGUAUCCUAUUAACAUAUUUGAAUAGGUCUCUGAUGUAUUUUAGUGUUCUAACUUUUUUUUUCUUCUCUUUCUUUGUCUUAUUCUUCCUUUUAAUCUCCUCUUUCU